CGGGAGCACAUAAACCCUAAUGUUGAUGUCAGGAUCAACGAGGAAUCCACGUCAUUUGUGUCGAUUAGAACGUAGUAAUAGAUCCAUUGGUGAGCGUGAAAAUGGCGUGGUCGAUGCGAACAAUGUCCACCAUCAUGCCCGGAGUAGUGGAGGAGGAGGGAGAGGAGCACCAGCAGGACCAGCAACAGCAGCAGCACCCGCUUCAUCGUCGUCUUCAUCGUCUUCCCCAUCAUCUUCGGCGCCAUCGGGGAAGGAAAUCACUCGUAGAAUCUCAGAGAAGAAGAAGAAGCAGCCAUUGCGCGACCUCGGUCUGCCCCUAAGAUUGACGGUCAGCGCCCGCGUAAAGCGUAUUACCCCUCCUGUCGUGGUUUUAUGGGCUCACGACCGGCCGAUCGGGAUACCAAUGAGUCGCAGCGUCAUCAACAAGUACAAUCUCGCCGACCUGAAGGAGCACUUCGCAUCCAUUUUGGGCCCGAAAUUAGCGGAGUAUUGGAGCAUACUGACCAAAUUUCUCAAUUGCAAGCUCAAGAAGAAUGAAUUGGACGCUCUGGUGGCAGCGUGCAUCGGGAGAGAGAACGUGAAGUUGCAUAAUGACUUCAUCAGGGCGAUCUAUGCGAAUGCGUUUCUCGGGAAAGAAGCGGGAGAGGAGGGCGCGGCGGCGAGAGGGGCGGCGGAUGAUGGGGCGGGAGCCCCAUUGGCGGAGGCCCCGCAGAGGGACGGAGGUGCGGGGGGAGAGUGCCAGCAAGAGGAGGUCGCAGCUGCGGCGACAGCUGGCUAUCAGGCACAAGAGAUAGAUGAGGGGGUAGAAGCGGCGAGGGGUGGUGGUGUACGCGAGAAUGGGAUCGUGUCGGGGACAAGAUGGGCAGCCGGCGGCGGGAUUGGAGGGGGAAGGCGGUCGGGUGGGGGAGCAGCGGGAAAAGCGAAAUGCGGGGUGGUGGGGGUCGGAAACUGGGGGGGGGGGAGCAGAUCCUCCGCCGCACCGGGCGGUGGAGGAGGAGGAGGAGGAGGAGGAGGAGGAGGGUCGGUCCGAUUCGAGAGUGAGCGGGAAGCCUCUAUCGAGACGGUUUCGCGGAGCAGUCCGGCGUCGUCCAGUGGGGGCCAGAACAAUAGCAGCAGGAUCAAUGGGGAAGGAGGGGGAGGGGGCGGGUCUUCCCCGCGAAAGUUUGCAAGCCAAGGUCAGCGAUCUUCCUUGAGUCGCACCCGCGACCCAGCGAAGCGAAGGAAAAGGAGGGACCAGCCAUCUUCUGGAAGAUUGGACGGGAGCGGUCGUUCGACCCCUGCAGACGGAAAUGGCAUUCCCUUYGACACUGGUGUUGCCGGYAUCGGGGGUCCCGAUAGCGGUAGCAGAGGAGGAGGAGGAGGAGGUAUAGGAAGAGCAAGGGKGGGGGGAGAGGGAGGAGAGGUUCUGGGGUCGGAAGACAACUGCGUAGCACCGUCGAUUACCGUGGCUAAUGGCCACUGUAACAAUUACCCGGCGGUUGCGGCGUCAUCGCUGGCAGGAGUAGCCGACACAAGGAGGACCAGCGCGAGAGAGCAGGCAACGGAUCUGGCGUCGUCGGAGGAUGGACCAUUGCCACCUUGGAAGCGCAGCAAGGUGGGUCGGGAGAGAGAACCGCGCGCGCACGCGGUCGAGAACAACAGCUCCCCUGUCUGGGAUCCGCUGGAUGCGAAGAAGUCGAAUGGGCAGCUGCGUGCUGACGACGGAAGGCCACGUGUAGCGUCGUCGACGCACCAGCCAGGUUCAGCGAUUGACACGUCACCGGACGUGAGAAACGUAACUGACAGGCGGUCGAUCAGGGAGGAAGGAUAUGCGGCGAUCGACCAACAAAGAGAGAGAAGGAAGAAGGGGGUUGGGGUCGGGGGAAGAGCGGUGCAGACGGGUGAGGAGGUGCAGGAGGAGGAGGAGGAGGAGGCGGUGGCACAGGCAAGCGGAGUGGGACAGGAGGAGGAGGAGGAGGUGAAGGAGGCUGCAGCAGCACCUGUCGCAGUAGCUGGACUACGAGCAGUCGGCGACGGGGUGGCCGAAGCAGAAUCAGCCCGUGGAGGAGCAGGAGGAUCUGUAAAAGGAGAAGAACGGGAGGGAGGGGAUGCGCUGACGUGUCCGUUCUCAGAACCCACGAGACCCCCGUUAGGGCUGCCGUUCUGCUCGGCUAGUCCCGGCGGCGCAAGGCUUCCCCGUCCACGUGGCGUCGUCUCUGACUUGGCGUUUGAUGGAUCUUGCGCUUCUGGAGAGCUUCCUGACGUGGCCUCGCUAGAGACAAGAAUGCAGCGGUUUGCUCAGUCCGGGGGCUUGCAAGGCGUGACCAAGGAGAGUGUGCUUGUGAUGACCAAAGCGGUCGAGCACUACCUUAGGGCUAUAAUGGCUAGUUGCGUUCAGCGUGCGCGCGAGAGACGCUACAGGGAGGAGGAAGAGGGGGAGGGGGGGGAGGGGGAGGGGAUGGAGAUGGAGCGACCACCCCGAGCGUGCUGUGAGGGAGAUCCUGACAGUAGAUCAGGAGGAGGAGGGUCGUUGGGAGAUGUCGAAGGCAGAGGAGCAGUCGCAGUCAGGGGGGUAUUCGGCCGUCCGGAUGGGCCGAGUUUGACCGCAAUGGAAGAAGACGUUCGUGGCCGUAGCAAAGGGGGUGGAUGCGAGAAAGCCGACGAAGGGGCGGGGAAUGGGAGAGAGGGCGGCAAUUGUACCCCCCGUGGGCGUCAGGCGCGCCAUCGCUAUUACCAUCAUAGACCGGAUCCUUUGGAUUACGUUCCUUUUCCUCCCGUGUUUCCCGCACCUGCUCUUGUGCCUGCGAGGACGACACGUCGAGGGAUCCCGAUAGUCGUACGGCAACGAUCGGGAGAAUGUAGUAGCAGUAGCACACAUGGCGAGCAGGCGACGACGGUCCUUUCCGAACGAGCUGAUAGGGAUCCCGACACUCGUACGGCGACGAUCGAUGUGAGUGAUCUGCUCACGGCGGUGGAGGAGAGCCCUUAUCUCCUAGGAGGGGAGAGGGCCAUUCAGAUCGAAAGGAUAUCUCUACUGUUGCAGUGCACGGUAGCAGCUGAAGAGCUGCCAUUGCCAUUGAAUCUUGUCAAGAGCUACCCGUGCUCAUUUCUACAGCGGCCCGGAAUAUACUUAUCUAGAAGGGAGGGAGAGAUGCCUUCAGUCCCCCCCCAUAAACUGUCUCCCCCCCUCCACGUCCCGCGACGCCUCUCUCCUCCCCAUGAUGUUGUGUAAAGUGACAACGAGUGUUUUUUGUUUUUGUGGAACCUUGAUUGGAGUCAGUAAUUUCUAUCUGAUGAGAGUUGAGUAGGUUGUCGGGGUCCCGACUCCAAUUACUGGGUCUGGUGAUCAACAGCUUUCUAUUCUCUGCAAUCAAGAAGGGAGUUUGUCUGACCUGCUGGCAGACAAGCUGUUAGACAGUACAGACUGGAUAAGAGGUCGGGUUUGACACGUGUCAAUCGGACAGAAGGUUGUGUUUGACACGUGUCAAACCUGACUUGCAGUGCAGAUGUCCCGGAUUAUUACCGCAAUCGCCAUCACCAUCUCCACCAUGGUCAUCGUUGUCAGCAUUAUCAUCAAUGUUAUCAUCUUUUCGUCAUGAAUUGCUCCCCGAGACUU